GAAAUCUUAACAUCAUAUUUUAAGUUGUGGUGUGCUGGUGCUGGGACCAUAUUCUUUUCAAUGUGCUUCUCGGAUACCAAAGUGGUGUUAAUUUCUCUGUGCCAGUGAUAACGGGUCGGUCUCCGACCUCGAUGCCCAAGAUGUCACGGACCUUGCAUUGAGAUCGCCUGCGGAGAAACGAUUUCGCUGGCACUUGAUGUUCUGUGAACACCGCGCUCGUCUGAGUUCGACGUUUUGACUGGUGACGAGACCUCGACUGGUUAGGAGAUCCGCAUUUAGAGUUGGGCUGCUUGAGAUUGUUGCCUGGGGAUUGCAAAGAUGGAUGGAAAGAAAAGGAAGAGAGAGAAGGGAGUGAAAGCGAAAAUGGAAUAUGUGCCGAGUAAGGAUGGAAAGGGAUGCCCUUACGUCGCUUUUUUCCCAAGUCGAUUUGAUCCUCUGAAGACCAGUGAUGAGAGUGAGGGCGUCCAAAUGGAGGUUGCCGCGUACAAAAACCCCAAGCCGCUGUCGCGUCAGCAGGAAUUGGUGGUUCGGACUUCCGAGGAUGUGGAUUUUGUUGGGGCCAAUUAUGUGGGGGAGGCCGCAGGAUGGCAGCCGUGCAAUUAUUUGCUCGGGGUUUUCGACAAAGAGAAAGGAUCGCUGAAAUUGAUGCCCCUUGCAGGAGAGAAGGUAUUCAGAAUGGAGCCUCGAGUCAGGGGAUUCGAAUAUGGCAGGCCAACUGAUGAAGAGGCGGAGGAGGAAGAUAAAAAUACGCCCGAGAUGCAGAAAAUCAAGAGGAAGAUGCUAACAGAGGCCUUUGGAAGUCAAAGGAGCCGACUGAGGGCUGCACGUUAUGAAAGAGGAAUAAUCAAGGAAGAUGACCUCGCCGAUAUGAAGGGCAUGGAGAACCUAUUCAAGGACGCUGCAGAAAAUGAAUCUCUUCUUACAACAGAGCAGGCCUUGGCACAGGCCAACUCGGUCGUUGCUAGAAACGUUCCUCCAUUUGAUCUCAAUGCAAAGACUCCACAGGCUGCAUAUCCUUUGAGUAAAAUUAUCACCUCAGAAGAGUGGGAAAGUAUGGAUGUGACAGAACUUCAAGCAGCAGCCAAAUACACAAGCUCAGAAGUACAAGCUUUACGUGAUGAGAAAGUCUAUCCGGAGUUUAUACUCAAUCGGCUCAAGAGGCUCAGAGUUGAGGGUGACAAAGAAGGAAGUGAACGUCGCGCUCAUAUCCUUAAUUACAUUCAGCACCUCCUGGCAUUCAACAAUGCUGGUCAUUCAAUGAUCAGAAAAGCAGCGGAUCCUUGGGGCAGUGGAGGAUCUGUCGACCUUACUGAAGCUUUAGGAAUUCCUGGCCCCAUAGUGACCAAAUUUUUGAGUAUCUUUACUUCGAAAGGCUCAGGAGCUGGCCCACAAGGAGGUGCGAAAAGAAAUAAGGAGCACGUUGAGCUUACAAUCAGUUACGUUUUAAUUCUUGGACUCAUGGCCGACGAUUAUCAAGCAGACCCCUUUGAUCUUGCAUCGGAACUAAAAAUGACAGUGUCCGAGUUAAGACCCCAUUACGAGCAACUAGGUUGCAAGUUUGAAGCUGUCAAGGGUGAAAGUAGGAAAAUGGAAGGAGCAAAUCCCAACUCAGCUCAGGGCAAGUGGAAAGUGACUCUUCCGAUUCCUCUUUCGUUCCCGAAAAUUAGGAACGCCCCCAAGCAAAGAGGUGGUGGUCGGUAGAUCUGCAUGUUAUCGCAGCCAUAUCAAGGAUCAAGGCAAUGAAGCGACCUCACAGAAAUGAUUGUCGUGAGCUUUAAAUCCACUGAGGAAAUCCCAAGUUCUGAGGAAGCUCCCACAUCAGAGAGGUUGUGACAAAUUAAAGCUUCUUGUGUGGGAUAUACCAGCUUCGGUUCAUUCAGUGCUUGAAUGUAAUGGUAGUACAGAGGAGAAAACCUGUUUUUCGAAAAUUGCGGAAGUAAGUGGCAUUCAUCAAGCCCGUGUGAGUUUUUCCCGAAUUUAUCCAUCUUUUGGAGCAUGACUGAGAUAGAGGCUUGUGAAAAUGAGGCCAGUGUUGCACACACCAUGUUCUAAUCGCCCUUUUAUGAUAAACAUUUUUCCUAUAUCUCUUU